AGCUAAGCAGACAGGGAAACAUGGCAGCUUCCACCGACAGCGACUUGGACAUCUCGGCGUCUAUCGCUGGCAUCUUGAGUGAAGAACACUCCCCUGAACACUUGCAGGUCUUAAAAAAAUUCACGGCUGCAUUACGGGACAAGGAAUACAGUUGGUCAACUCUUUCUGCUCCCAGAGAUGCUGUGGAGGAGGAGGCGUUCUCCAGUCUUCUGAAGGUCUUGUCCCGACUGCGUGAUGAGCUUCUGGCUGUCAGCUGUGACGACCAGGACCUGCGGUCUGUGGCCCUGCAGCUGCAGCUGACCGCUGAGUGCUUCAGGGCUCAGAGGAACGCCUGUGUCCAGAGUACCCGCAACCAGAGUCUGCUCAGGGAGCUUGGUUUCAUCGAUGUAUCUUUGAAACACAUGAGCUUCCUUCAGACCACAGAGAGCAGAGAUGGCAUAUUUGAACCUCUUCGUUGUGGGAUCCAGUUCCUCGGUAACAUGUCGGUCGGAAACCAAACGUGUAAAGAUGACAUUUGGCAGCAGAGCUUUCCAAAUCUUCUCCUGCAGCUGCUCAGCGUUGAUGAUGAGAAGGCGGUAAGCUAUGCCUCUAUGGUACUCCACACAUGUCUGGAUGAAGCCAAGGUGGAAGAACUUUCUGAUCCACAGAACAUCCACCUGGCACUCAAGGUGAUGGAGCUCUGUAGGACGCAGCCUGACCUGGACUGGACGGUUCUCAUUGCCACCCAGUAUUUCCUCAAGUCUUCAGCUCUGGUGGAGAGCAUGUACUCUGGGAUGUCACACCAUGAAAGAGUUACUCUAUUAGAGCUGCUCUCUGCCCAGCUACAAGAGGAGGACUCGGAGGAGUGUGGCAUCCCUUCCAACGUGGCUCGCUUCCUGGCUACUUCCUUCCAGGAAGGUUGUGGGGCUGUGCUGACACUCGCCACCGGCUCCGCUUCCAGUGAUGAGGUCCUGCAGGAGGCGCUGACGGUGAUUAGUCUGCUGGACGUGCUGUGUGAGAUGACCUCAGACCACAGGCAGUUCAUGUUCCUGCAGGACCAUCCUGACCUUCUAGGGACUACUGUUGAGCUCCUGCGGCAGGUGCAUGCUGUAGGGAAGGCCAGUAAGAACAUCUUCAGUGCUGCUCAGAGCUUCUCCUUCAGUGGAGACGGAGACCCUGCCUCCCAAUCUCCUGUCAUCAGCUUCAAGGCCCACCUCAUCAGGCUGAUAGGAAACCUCUGUUACAGCAAUACCGACAACCAGAACAAGGUGAGAGAUCUGGAAGGCAUCCCCCUCAUCCUGGACAACUGCAACAUAGACAGCAACAACCCAUUUAUCAGCCAGUGGGCCAUCUUUACCAUCAGGAACCUCCUAGAACACAACACGCAGAACCAGGAGCAGAUCGCCGCCCUGGAACGCCGCGGCACCGCGGACUACUCUGCACUCAGGGAGUUGGGCUUCCUGGUGGAGGAGCGAGAUGGAAGCUUGCUGCUCAAAACUGUGAGGAAAGACUCUUGAAAAGGCCUCAGAGCAGCAGCCAGGAGAGAGGGGGCGCUCGACCCACAAGCAGGUUUUCAUGUGAAGUAUUUGUUUAGAAAGGAGUACACUCCAGUACUCUUGUUGUGCUACAAGUCUCAUUAAUGUUACCUAAUACUUAAGCUUCAUCUGCGGGUGAAUUACCUCUCCACUACUAAACAUACAUACAUUUGGUGCCUGUCCAGAAUAAGUGACAGCCACACUGCCGAUAGUUUAGGAAGAACAACGCUUUAGGAGUUUAUUUAAUCAGAGAAGUAUGCAUUAAUGACUUUUCUACCUUUUAGUAAUGCUUCCGCUCUUGCCCAGAUGAGAUUUGAGGUAUUCUUGAAACACAAAAGGCCGAUGGGGUCCCCCUGGCGUAAAAGCAGAGGUCAAGACAUCAGGAGCUCUUGUUUUGUCUUGACCUGAGUCUGGGAAAUGAAGAGUUUGGGAGAAGCGAGCACAUGCUGGGUCCUUUGGCCGGUCGGAUGCUUUGUGGUUUAAUCCAAAGACAAAGAGCUCCACGGUGUCCGGACUUUUAACUUCUCACAGACACUGAUGUUACCAGCAGGGGUUGGGGUUUAAUCCCGGGCCCAUAGUGACUUCUGCACUAACCGCAAAAACAGAGAAUGAUCAAAACAUGAUGUAAUCAACCCCCUCACCGCCUUCGCUACUUAAAUAGUGGUUUCGUUGCCAGAGGGACGUUCAAACGCUUCAAACUAUUUCUCUAAACAGGCAUGACAUUCAUAUUCUAAUCUAAGAACGUCCGAGUGCAAAAUGCAAUACUGAAGCUAAUAAUAACCGAAGCUAUGCAUGUUUUGUAAUUCAAAAACAAUGCUCAGCAUACAGCAUGAGCUUGUCACUAUGUCUCUGCUUCUUGUAUUAAGGCUAUAACAGUAAUGAGUUUUAUACUCAAACAUAGUUAAUUUCAUUUUAUUCCUCAUAAUCUUAAUCUUCUAUUUCCAUCUUAUUACACAUUACUAGAUAAAUAAGAGAUAAGGGCAUGCAUCAGAGAUCAUUAACCAUCUUUAAACUCACUACUUUGAGUUUAUGUUUUACACCUUUGACUCUGAACAAGCUUGUAUUUGAGUUUUGCCAGACUCCAUAGACGUUCUUAGAGAUUUAGUGGAUGCUGUACUUCCUAUCUAGCUGUGUGUGUGUGUGUGUGUGUGUGUGCGCGCUUUUUCUUUUGAUCAGAUAUAGCGAUUGUGGUUCAGCAGACAAUGGAUGAGAUCAUACUAACUGUACGUCCAAAGAGUGAUUGAGUGAAUGAAUUAAUGAGUGACUGAGUGAGUCGGACCGGAGCCAUUCGUUUGCAGAAUGACAUCGCUCCCUGCUCCUCCCGUUGCUGGAUAAAGCUGAACAGUCCUGACACCUCAACAAUGCGGUGCUUUGCUGGCCUGCUCACACCCUGCCCCACCCUGUUUGCUCUGCCUCUGAUUUUUAAUGACAAAAUGUAUUGAAACAAUCGGCUGGACUCUCCCCUCAAUCCGCCGGCAUAGUGAAGGGAGCUUAUUGCGGUUCCGGUCCCCAGGAUUUCAGACGGCUAACAAAACAGCUGUUACUCGCGCUCGACUGGCUGGCUGCAAUGCUUUUCAGCCCCACAGGAAAGAAGGCUGUGCGAGUCAGCCGGGCUGAAUGAGGUGGCAUGGCCGCCCGGUCACCUCCUAACACAUUAGUGCACACCAGUUGAGGCCACAAGUUCUUGUGUUUCCCAUAUCAGCGUUUUACAUCACAGGCCUCUGCUGUAUUGUAUCUGUGCCUUCUGGUUUGAUAUUCGCCGUCAACAAAAGGAAACACUUGGUCAGGGUGUUGAGUAUUAUUGACGCUUGGGUCAAACAAUAUGUUUAUAAAAUGCCUAAUAAAGUAUUGUGUGUGACAAACCGCUUUUUUUUUUUUUUUGUAAUGAUUUUAAAGACAUGGUAUAAAACUCAAGAGGCAAUAAAAGGAAUGCUCAAAUUUUAUUGGUAAAAAAGAAAAAGAUACAACUGUCCCGUGUUUGUACGGGAUGCAGACUUUGAUUUUGCCACAGAACAAAUAAACCUAAACUAGCUGAAUAUGAAGUCGCAACUACGAUGAGUUGUUCCUAGUUACUGAAACACAGAAAUGUCUUCGUUCUCAAGAUGCACAACUAGUUGGCUGCUGACGCCUCCAACGUAUAAUAUCUACUCGCAAUUCUACGCAUUUACUCAAAUACUUAACGGUGGUUUCCACAAAAUGUCCUGGACUUUCCAAAUCACUCGGCUUCUACGAGCUCCGUUGAAUUGUGAAGGGUCGUCUCCAGAUGGACAUUCUGUUCUACUUUGAUAAAACACGUGGAGUAUUUACAAUUUAGCAACUUUGAUCAAAGAAAAAAACAUAAAUCCCAAAUAAGUUAUAGCUCUCAAAUCUGAAAUACAAUGACAUUAGAAAAACCACUUGUAAAUAGUGACUUUCUGUUCCAUCUAUAAAUGACAUAAAGUGCCACGUUCCUCAUAUAAAAAUAAACUCUUCAAAUUGUUUUGUAAGUUAUAUAAAGCCUAAAUAAACAUUUCUGAAUACAUUAAGGGUGCUGUCCAAAAAUAGCUCUGAGGCCUUUGAUCCUCUCGUACCCUCUUCUGUGUGGUUGGGGCACAUGCCAUCCACCGGUCAGGCCUAAACCGCGCUGGAAGGCCUUGUGUAAGCAGAGGCCAUCGUGUGGAAUUCCACGUCUCUGCCGUUCAUGGGAAUGUUGGAUGUAUCCGAACCCCGAUUGCACUUCUAUGGCGUUCCAACGAGGCUUACACGCUUUAUCUCAGAACUCAAGAGGCCUCCGAAAACAAAACAAUGAACACGGUCGGGAUGGAGAGGGCCGUUCGAAACUGACAAGUUGGAUGCUUAAAAUAGUUUGGGAGUGUUUUCUACCUCUUUGGCUCCUGGCGUAACAAAGGGUCUUGUUUUCUGGGGGGGGCGGGAUUUGUCCAUGAGAGAGAUGUCAGCAUGGAGCUCACCGACACAACUUACUGAUGUUCCAUGAAAAAACGGAAAGAAAUGUGACUGAGUGCAAAAGAAAAAUAGCUAAUCUUUAGCGAAAUACACCACAGACAACUGCUAAUGAAUAAACAGGGAAUAGCAAAGAAUUCAGCGGCUUCGUGGCUGUACAUGAGUCCACGUGACUGAACUGUUUCAGUAGCAAUUUAAGAUCAUAAAAUAAAUGGAAAAUGAGUUUAUCUAUCCUAUAAGACUGAGUUCGAAAGAUAUUUUUUGACAUAAAUAAUUUGUGUUUUAUUUUCAGUGUUCAAACAGAAUACAGUGUGAGCGUACAGGUAGAAGUAUUCCACUUCCAUCUUUCAAUUCUCAGUCUUCCGUCGUGGCCGUCUGGAGCGCUUUGCUGUUGUCGCAUUUCCGAUUAGCGUGUUCCGAAAGUCUCCUCGAGAUCCAACAAUAGUCCUUGUUGUUUCUCCUUUCCUGCAAGACAUCCGUGAGCUACGUCUCUGCGAGAUGUUGUCUUCCAAAAUAGUGAAAAUCCUCUCAACUGCAACAUGUUUGCAUCAUGUCACAGUUUUUUUUUUUUAUCUCUUUCAGGACUUUUUCUUUUGUUUUAAAGAAUUCCAAAAUAGGAUGUAAAAAUGUGCAAAUUGUUGAAUAAAUACUUCCGAGUCCUUCACUUUCGAAUUCCGCUUUGUCAUAACCCUCUCACCUUCAACCGUUGUCCAUUUUCACCAGCCUCUCUCUCUCUCUCCCCUGCUUCCAGUGCCCCACUGCCUCAUCCCCUACUUGCAGGUGAAGACUUCUGAUUUCUCACUGCACGUGUUGCACUUGACGAAGCAACACCAGUGGAACUUGCAGUUGCACUGCCAGAUGCGCGUGUAGUGGUGCGUGUCGUGACCGCGGCCGCAGCACAUCAGGUUGCAACCGUCCGUGAGGGUCGAGGUGCCGUUGCACAGUCUCCCCCGCGUCCCCGUGCUCCCCGUGGCCGUGUCCUCCUCGCAGUAGUUGGGCGAGCGCUCCAGGUACACCAGGUCCGUGUCCGUGGGCUUCUGGUAGCCCCGGGCCUCCUUGAGUCGCAGGAAGGAGGGCUGGCGGAGGCGAGAGGCCCGGACCGGCUCUACUUGAACCGCGCCGCUGUAGCGCUCCUUCAGCAGGUAACCGAGCUCUCUGAACUUCGGCAGGGUGAUCCAGCAGGUCUUAGUGGUGCAGGAACCAGACACGCCGUGACACUUGCACUCCAGCUUCAUCCUCCCCUCUAGCAUCUGAUCACACAGAGAGUGGAAAUUAGGUCUGUGUGAAUUUGAAGAGGUGGUUAAGAGCGGAAAAUCUAUUCUAUGUGGUUAAUUCAUAAAUGGUCAUUUUACACACGUCCGCAGCUUGACUUUGAAACGGUUAAUAGCCAUUGCAUUGGCCUUCACAUCCGUCUCUUUUGGUGAGCUGGGCUUUCUGCGGACACUUCGGCUUUCAGCGCUCCGUCCAGUAUGCCAACUUUAUGUCAAAAAAAAAAAAACCUGGGGAAAAUAACUCGUAAACCAAGACUGUAGUCUCUAAUUAACUUUACCUUUCUUCAGACCACAGAAUGGCGUGACAGCCUGAGAGAAGUGACCAGAGCUGUUGUGCAACCGUACGUACACGUAUAGAAUUACACUGUGGUUUCAGCCAGAUUUAUACUGUAAAUAUAUAAAUAUUUUAGAUGACAAAAUUGACAGGUGACUGUUUGCCCUCGUGACUGAGCUUGAUGUUAAUGUGAAAAAGAUUACCUUCACAUUUUUGUUAUAGGACGGUAUGAUUAUUGAGUCAUUAGAACAUCUAGUGACUCCAGAGCACGAGUCAAAUCGGGCUAAUAUAUUUAUAGUAAUAAAGCAAAUACACAACAGAUAACUUCGAUCGAUGUGAUGGAUAUAGUUUGUUUCGUCAAACUUGCUUGCAUUACCUUUCGCCCCGCCUCGUUGUUGUGCAGGUUCAUCAGCCGGCGGGCGUUUUUCUUGAUCUCACGGGCGUCCACGAAGCGCCGCGAGAACUCCACGCCGUACUUGACAUCGGCCGAGCAGCCCCCCCACUUCCAGCCCUCCUCUUGGUCGUGGUAGCCCUGCUUCUCGCGGUCACAGCCGCACUGGCUGAGGUUGCCUUGGCUGCAGGCGGUGGUCACUGCGUGGGCAACUCCGGCUGCAGUGAUGGCAUAAGUGAACGCUGCCUCCCUGCUGCCUGGAGAGAAACGAGCAGAAUCUGAGUGAAUAUGGAAAGGAGUCAUGCAAGUACUCUCUACAGGCAAACUACUUUAAAUUGAGUAGAUAUUCUACAAGUAGUACUAGCAGUCCUUUACCUAGAAUGGCGAGAAUUGCAUGCCCAUCAUACAGUUACGCUGUUAUGGCACCAGCAGGAGGAUUUAGGUUUGCUUGACCUUCAUCCUUUAUCAAAGAAUGUGUUGAAUUAUAGGAACACUGCACCAAUUUUAUGCAUGAAUUGCGGUUUACUUGUUAUGACAAGUACUACUCAGUCCAUGAGACAUUUGUAUAAUGUCUUCUGUGAAAUAACCCCCCCGAUGAUACCUGUGUGGGUUUUUCUAACUUGAACUUGAACUAAAUUGAUGAAGAUGUAAAUCCUCCUCCCAAACAGUUGCAGCAAAGCUAGUGGGAGGUUUAGAGAGUUUCCAAACAACGCGUGGCCCAGAUAAGGAGUCUCCGAGUUCAGGAGUCUUUUAGUCUUAAAUACCGUGCUUAAUGUUUCAUGAAGGCCAUUCAAAUAGUUUGGGACAGUCCCAAAAUAUAUGGAAAUGAUUUGCCUUUCUUGAGCCACAUUGGCGGCAAUGCGUCAAAUUCAUAUUCUUGUAGUUUUGGACAAAUCCCCCCCCCAGCCUUCUCACAAAGCCUCAUUCCGGCUUCUUUUUCCACUUGUCUUUAAUAUACAAGGUGUUUACAUUUUUCGCAUAAAAGAGAGCUUUUUAUAAUUAAUCAAUGUACUUAUUUGGCACUGAUUAGAUACAACUCAUGUCACUGUAUCAGAACAGUGAAGACAACACAAGUGACAUCUACUGGCUGACUGGAGGAGCUUUUUUUUUUUCUGGAUCGGCGCUCACAGCCUUGCUGUGUCUUGAUGGUAUUCAUCAAUGGAGUUUCUCACGCGGCUUAAGUGUCAUUCUGUGUCUGUCUUAGGCGGUCCACAUUAUUAUAGCAAAUGAUACCGCUGUGUUGCAUGUCGAAAAUCAUCUGUGGCCGGCCUUGACUGAGAUGUGCCUAGCCGAUCCAAGCUUUAGUGUGUCACCAUUUGAACUUGAGAAUAAACACAUUUAUAUUUAUGGCAUGGAAGGGGGAAUUAAUUUAUUGGCACAACAAUUGGUUAUAGGAUAUCCUCCCUCUCCAAUCAGGAUAAUGCUGGGCCUCCUUCUUCUCAACAGCCCAGAGUAUUAAUGCGUGCCGUCUCUGGUAGAGGCGAUUCUAAUGGCUCCCUUCCAACCUGACAAACUCACUUGCAGGAACCAUCGGGCCUGCGGUUCCCCCCCGGCCCAUAACUCAUAACAAACCCUGAAGUCUUCUCUCAUCAGGCUAAAUCCGCGACCCAUUCGGAUAUAUUGUAUGGUGAGCAUUCUCUCAAGGCAUCAGGCGCAUGCAAUAGCCAAACAGCCAUCUCCCCGCACUGUGAUUUGUUUUGAUUGCACGGCAGUGCACGCUGGGCUCCAUUGUUGCCAUCCAGCUGCUGGAGCUGACUUCAAUUAGUGGUUAGCAUGAAUCUCUCUGCUCUUUCUCAAUGCUUAAUGAGUUCACAGGCCCGGCAGGUCAAUCAAAUGAAGUGGUGGAUGGUACGUAAGCGACACAACAAGGGGGGUAAGGCUCUGGCUUGCAUUUCCUGUUUUUUUGGAAAAUCGCAAAAAUGGUACACGGAGAUGGCAAAGACAAAACCCAUCUUACUGAGAAUCCAUGACUUUAUUUGUACAAUUGGUAACAGUUUUUCAUUACUUUUUAUACAGAUGUAAUAGGAUUUGAGUCUUCCAGAAAGUACUUAUUUGUCUAAAGUGUCUGCGAGGGGAGCACACAAGGGCCUACGCUGGGUCCAAAGCGUCUCUCCGAGCUCGUUUACACACCACAAGAGAAAAGAGACAUUCCCGCUGACAAAAGAAAUAAAGGGAUCCAGACGUCUGUCUGCCUGUGUCCCGUGUUGAAGAAAGUGAUUGCUCCCAGGGCUGCUAGAUUAAACACGGAUCCAAACCCACAGCAGGACCGCAACAAAACAUUUCGGACUCGAAUACAAUUUAUAUGAGAGGUUCACAUUAGGAGAAAACGGGCUUCUGUGAGAAAUCAAACCGGGAAGAAUGUUGACUCGGAGCAGCGAGGUGUGUUGGCUUGUGUGUUCAUAGAUUGUGUAGGUUUGAUAUAGAAAUGCUUUCAGGAGAUGCCACACCCAGAUAGGCAUUAGACCCUGCUUUAUAAGGUAGUCUUCACAUUCCAUUCAUGACUGCUUCGCUGUGACAAUAUGUGUGUUGCAAGCACAGUGAUGUCACACACAGAUUUAAUGACACUUGCGAGGCCUUUUGAGUUGCAGUUUUUUUUGUGUGUGUUUUAAAAGAGGCAGAGAAUUUAUUUUGCGGUCGCUGCAUUUGGUAUUCCAAACAGAAAUGCUUUUGUCAAAGCAUUCCCACCCAUCUUUCAGUCUUUUGGGCCACUUAGUUGAGCUACGCUGCAACCUUUUCUCACGCCGCCGACAACAAGUACAGGAGGUUCGAGGACAUUACGAGGAGAAUAAUGCUUCAAUGAUUGGAAAAAAAACAAGCAGACCACACAGCUCAGUUGUGGUUUGGUUAGGCCAAUUAAAAGUACCUGUUGACAUUAACCUUUACAUGCCUGUGCAGAUUCAAGCGACGCCAAAAGGAGGGACGCGUCGCCCUGAUCACACAUCAGUUCACACUCGUGCCUCAAAGCUGAGAUUUUUCUGUGGCUAAGCUGACUGUUGUCUAACUCAUGUAAAAGCAGUUUUGCCCCUGGGGGUUUAUCUUGAACCUUAGCCUCCUCGUUGCAUCGCUCUCCCCUCAUUUCCUGUCAUCUAUCUAUUGUUAAAAUAUCUAAUAACGGCAUAAAAAAUGCCUAAAAACAAACAUUGUUGUCCCAGAAAAAUCCUCUGAGCAACGUCCCACUCAGCCUACUUUUCUAUUGACUACAUCGAGAAGAAUAUGUUUAAAACAACUUUAAAGAAGCUGCGUUUCAAACAGACUGACCUACUCUCAGCUCUUGUCCAAAGACAGUCCUCUGUCCCAGGGCGGAGCAGUUCCACCGGCCGUAGCGGAACUGGUGCUGACACUCGUUGAUGCCCAGCUGAGCGCCUUCGCCGAUGAUGAUGAUGGCGUCGGGGCGACUCUGACAGAGGGCUCUCUGACGGGGGGCCAGUCCCGGUAUCUUGUUGCAGAUGAUGUUGGCACCUAGAGCUACCACGGAGGACAGCGCCCUAAGGCAGAGAGAACAAACGGGGAUUAAUGAGAAGGGGAAUUGAGAACAGAUGAGACAUGGAGAAACAAAAAAUUUACCUGAAAACAUACGCAGUGUAUUGUUUGAAUUCUGGGCCCUGGUUGAACAGGACUUGGCAACGAUUUUGGGACAAUAAGCACUAAGGUUUUUGUUCUUUUUUUGGCUAAAGUUUUCAUGACAGUUGCCAGUCCAUAAAGACAAUCCCAAAUAAUCAAAACCAAAUGAGAAGAUAUGAGCAGACUCCCAUCAUGUAUAAUCUAAUGGACCUUCAUAAAGACAUGUAAGGGAACAAUAGUUAAUUUGGGUCCAAAUCCAGUGCAUUUCUGUCUGCCUCUCUCUUUCUGUCCGUGUUACAGAAAACAUGAACCACCACAGCUAUUUCAAGUUUCAGGGCCUGCCCUUGUUAUGAAUGAGAGGCAUGUAUGGUGCAGCAAUCAUUCGCUUUGUGAGGGCCUGGGUCUUUUAAUGCCAUAAGAAAGAGCUCAUUCCAUAGGCCCGCGCCUAUAUAGGCAGAGCAUGAAGUAGUCCAAUAUGUCUCUUUUCCAUAUGCGGCUUUCCAAUUGUGGCUCUUGUCU